AUGAGCAAUGCUUUGUUUCAAUAUUCAAUAAGAAAUAAUGUUAUUAUUGAACAAAAAAUCCUAGAGAAGGGACAUACGCAAAUGGAAUGCGAUGCAAUGCAUAGUUUAAUUGAGAGGAAAAUGAAAAAUCGUUUUAUUCACAUGCCCAGUGACUAUAUAAAUAUUACUAGAAAAGCAAGAUGUAAUCCCUUUCCUAUAGAUACUUAUUUCGUAACACAUGGCUUUUUUCAAAAUUUUUCACUGGCAUCAACAUGGAGUUAUAAUUCCAUACGUCCUGGAAGGAAAACAAAUGAGCCUACAAUGACGGAUCUUAGAUAUUUGCACCAUAGUCCGACACAGAAACAAAUUUUGUUCAAAAUCAAUUUUGAUCAUGAACUCGAGCCAUUACUUUGUAGAAACGCAAAAUAUCCCAAUUUUAACGAGUAUCCAGCUUUACACAAUGAACGACUUAAGAUUAAAUAUCAAAAGUUUAAACAUCUGCAAGAGUAG